AUAUAUAUAUAUAUAACGGUAGCUGCGUUAAUAUAUAAUCACGGGCUUUUCAUUUUGUUACUAGAAUAGAAUUUUUUUUUAGUCAACACUUACGGAGAAAAAUUCAAUUGCAUGCCCUAAUAAGAUACUAAAUAAGAUAUAAAGUCGCGGCGGUAUCUUUUUUUCGAACAAUGUAAAUAAUGAAUAAAACAUAAAUGUUUUAUGUCAUAUCGAUGGAAAAUAUCGUUCCGCAUUUAGAAAGAUAUUCUGUCGAAUGCGGCUUGCGACAGAAAUAAAUCGCGUGGCACAAGGCUAUUGUAAGUCCUCUAUCUUUUACUAUCACGUUUUCGUUUUAAACAAACUUGCGCAAAAAUAAUAUUGACAUUUCAAAAGUUAUCGAUUAAAGCGGUCGUUGCCUUUAACUUGUCGCUUCUUGAGGAGGAAUAUUAAUAAAUGAAACUUUAAAAAAAUUUGAAUUUAUAUUUUACAUUUAAAUAAUAUAAUGUCAUCCAUUGUUAUCAUAGUUCCAUAUUUGUGGAAUUAUAAUUUCUCUCAAUGUCAAAAAAAAAAAAAAUAAUAAUAAAGCAUUGCUAAUGCAUUUAAUCUUAAAUAGAAUCUGGAUUUUAGCCAAAAUAGAACAUAUUCAAAUCAUUUUCUAUUGUGUUGCAAGACUGCUACAUGCUUUUCCCUUGUAACACGACUCACGCAUAUACAUUGUGUUUCUUCAUAGAGUUCCUUCAACUUUGCGCUAGUUACAAUUCACGGAAAUUAUCGAUCUUUAAUAAGAUUUCUGUAAAGAAAGAGAGAGAGAGAGAAAGAAAGAGAGAAACUAACCUGCUACUUAGUGAUCCUCUGAAAUAUUCAUUAACCGCUAUAAAAGAUGUAGUACUCAUAAUUCUAUUGUGGCUUUAACUGAACUAUUAUUAGUCGAUAAUAACCCGCGAUAAAAUAGAAAUGAUAAAUUCGAUUCUACGAAAAUCAAAUCGAACAUUUCAAGCAUAAUCUCGGCGAAGGUUCAUGAAUUUUCAUGCAGACGACUUAAGUCGGCAUGUCGAUACGUUGCAUAAUAAUUAGCAUCACUGGAAUAUAAGGGUCGUAACCGCAGUUUAUAAUAUAAUAACACAUUGCAUAUAUUAAUAACGCAAUUAAAUAUAAAUCUACCUAAAGCUUACAUUAAUCCUCAUGUCAGCCAGCUUGCGGCAUGUUAUGUAUAAUAACUAGUAUUAUAUCAACAAAAUUUAAUAUUGAAAAUGUUAAUAUAUAUAUACGCACACAUGUCUACGCGAUUAUAUUAUAUUGGAAGAAUAAAUAAAAUUGUUAAAAGUGCUUUUCUCAAUCUUGAUCGGGCCACACGUCAACCGUGUUGCGCUAUUUCGAGAAUACCAAUCUCUUUCAUUAACAUUUAACUCGUUCGGCCAGCCUCGGGGCUCGAUCUCCAGAGGAUACAGCAGCCAUCUUAAAUAUCAACCCUGUUACAGCGCGCCUAGCCUCGCUUCUCGAUGUCGCUCGGGGAAUGAAUUAUCAAAAUUUCCGCAAUAAACUCUGCAGCCGAGCAUCCGAUGACCUAAGCGGUAGUAUCGUGAUACGCAUAAGAAACUAGGGGAUGUGUUCAUCCGACCCUCGCAUGAUUCUCGCUUACGCUUGUCGCGGUACUAUUUUGUAUUAGUCUCCCUAUUAUACGCCAUUACGUUGCACAGCAAACGUUAUGUCCUGAAUUAUUGAGUUCCAUUUACCGAGGGUUGCUUCGACCAGAGAAAUUUUUCAUUACGUAGCUUGGAAAGAAUGGUUUUCAACGGCUUAAUUGAUCUGUUUUCUCGUUACGAGAAAAGAGACAAUUUGCAUUUUCGCAAUUUGAGAAUAUUGCGUUGCGUCAGCUGAUUGUCAAUACAGAUAUAUAUAUAUUUCGGGAAAAAGUUAAUCGCAUACUUUUGUUAAAACGUUCCGACACGACGCUCGGUAAAAUGUCUUGAUCAAGGAUGAAAAUAGACGCUGGAAUGUUUACAGUGCUGGGGAAAUAAGACAAACGAAGUUACGGCCGCAUUUGAAGUUUAUCGAUACUUUGUUGCUCGCGCAUGCGGACGUUCCACGGAGAUUGAAUUAUCGAUACGCGUUGCCUGACACGUUGAAUCGAGGGAGGUAGCGCGCCGCAUUCUCCUUUCAAUAAAGUCACUUUAUCGGCCAGAUAAAUAUUAUUAGCCAAUAAGCAUACUCACGUCGAUACUCGGUAUUUCAUCGUAUAAAGCGCUCUUGCUAUUCGCGUUCUUUCAAAGGACACGAUAUCUCCCCUGAUCCGAAUAUUAUCUUUCUAUAAUAUGAAAAGUUUAUCAUUCCGAUAUAAAAAUAUUUCGAAAGCGAAUAUCGUACUUUUCUCCGCACAAUCUCUCUGUUCUACUUUAUAGAAAGAGGUUCCACAUUUUUAUAAUAGGAUCAUAAAAAUGUAAUUGAGAAAUACGGUUUUUCUCCUUAUUCAAAAAAUUUGGGGCGCGUACAAGACCGAUCGUGUUAAAUUUUAUCGGCGCGUCUACCUGAUGGAUGAAACAGAGAGAGAGAGAGAAAGAGAGAGAGAGAGAGAGAGAGAGAGAAAGUGUGGGCAGAGUCGCAUGAAUAAAGUACGGGAAUGAAAAAUAAAGCGAAGGCGAGUGACCCACAUGACUGUCGCGCAUACGUGUAAACGCUUGCACUCACGCGAAAGAGAACGACUUAUACACUGAAAGCGCCUCUCGUCCAACGGUAAUCCGGGGACAUGUACACCACCCGUUGAAAAAAUUCUUUUUUCUUUACCCUCCUCUCCUUUUUUUCCCUCAUCGAAUCUGUCUAUCUUUCUCCAUUCGCCGCUGCGCCUCGCUAUCAUUGUCCACCCAAAUCAUCCGGUCCACGUUAAGAAAAGGAAGCGAGAAAAUAGGUUUCGCGCCCCUCCAAAGUGCCAUUCAGUACGGUAAUUUAUUCCAGUUGUACACGAAUCUCCCCUUUUGUCGGGCUCCUUUGCCACCCCCCCGGAGUACUGUUGCCUUUCAUUUCUGCCGUUCUUUAUCAAGAACUGCUCCACGUUGAUCCGAGUUUCCUCUCUUUCUCGAUUUCUCUCUCCGCCCCUCGUUUCUCUUUGGCCCCUUUUCUCUGCGCGUACUCUCUAAUUUAUCUUGUCAAGCUUUCAUUUUAUCCAUUAUGGGUUUCUUUCAAGUCGCAAAUACUUGUUGCGCAGGUGCGAUUGGUAUUAUGAAUUUCGCGUUAUGCUAGCUCUAAAAGCACUUGGUAAAGGGAAGAUCUUUCAACGAAAGGAUUUUUCAGCGAAAAACCAUCCUUGCACCUAAAGGACAUUACUAGGAUGGAAGGAGCGAAUGAGAUCCAAUGAUCUUUUCUGAAUACUUUUAGCACGGAGCGACGUAAAUCUAUCUAAAUCGAUAUUCCGCCACCAGCCGGUACGGUAGACGCACAAUAACUCUCGGCUUCGCAAUAUCGAACGUGGCCGCUCUUACGUGCUGCCACCCGGGGAGAAUAAUAUUGAAAUCACGGGAGUUGCACGUCGUCGUCAUCGGGUCGUCGGUGGUCGUCGCCGUCGCAAGUAGGCCAGCAGCUCGAAAUAGAAACCGUCAACUGGGGCAGCCAAUGUCCAACGGGCAGGAGACACCGAUAUACAUAUGGUACGACACGUAUCCAACCCACAGUGGCGAAGGAUACGAAGGUCGUGUCUCGAGGGUGAGCGAGAAUUCGCCGUACGGCCAGGCCAGCCUCAAUCUGACGAACAUCCGCGAGAGCGAUCAAGGAUGGUACAAGUGCAAGGUCGUCUUCCUCAACAGGUCACCCAACAGUCACAAGAACGGUACCUGGUUUCAUCUAGACGUCCACGCGCCACCCAGAUUCAGCGUAACGCCGGAAGAUAUGAUAUAUGUGAAUCUGGGCGAUGCGAUAAUACUCAACUGCCAGGCUGAGGGUACACCAACGCCAGAGAUCCUUUGGUACAAGGACGCGAAUCCCGUCGAGCCCAAUGGCCGAGACGUUGGGAUAUUCAACGAUGGCACCGAGCUCAGGCUCUCGACGAUCAAGACCGAGGACAUUGGCGAUUACACCUGCAUCGCCAGGAAUGGGGAGGGCCAGAUCAGCCACACCGCGCGCGUCAUUAUCGCGGGUGGAGCUGUUAUUACGUUGCCGCCGACAAAUCAAACGAAACUAGAAGGCGAGAAAGUGCAGUUCUCCUGCGAAGCAAAGGCUCUGCCGGGUAAUGUAACGGUGCGCUGGUUUCGCGAAGGCGCUCCCGUCACGGAAGUCUCGGCCCUAGACACCCGAGUGUCCAUCAAGAUGGAUGGCAGUCUGGUUAUCAACCCCGUCAGUGCCGAUGACUCCGGUCAAUAUUUAUGCGAGGUCACCAACGGCAUCGGCGAUCCUCAAACUGCUAGCGCCUACUUGAACGUCGAGUACCCGGCGAAGGUGACAUUCACCCCCACUGUUCAAUACCUGCCGUUCCGUCUGGCCGGUGUGGUCCAGUGUUACAUAAAAGCCAACCCGCCCCUGCAAUACGUGACCUGGACCAAGGACAAGCGCCUACUUGAGCCUUAUCAAACGAAGGACAUCGUUAUUAUGAACAAUGGCUCCCUGCUCUUUACACGGGUCAAUGAGAAUCACCAAGGUAGAUAUACCUGCACGCCUUAUAACGCCCAGGGCACGCAGGGCAGCUCGGGUCCGAUGGAGGUCCUCGUGCGGAAUCCGCCUGUCUUCACUCUUGAGCCAGAAUCGGUAUACACGAAAAAAGUCGGCGAGACGGUCGAGAUGCACUGCGACGCUCAAGAGGCCGAGGGAACGCAGAAACCAACGAUACAAUGGCAUCGGAGGGACGGCGGACCUAUCCAACGCAGCCGCGCGAAAAUUGUCGGCGGCAAUCUAACUAUAGAGAGCCUACGACGCGCAGAUUUUGGGUUUUAUCAGUGCAUCGCCUCCAACGAAGUCGCCACUAUCUCGUCUUCGACGCAGUUGAUAGUCGAAGGCACGCAACCCCAUGCACCUUACAACGUGUCAGGCACUGCCACGCAAUUUUCGGUAACGCUAACUUGGUUACCAGGCUAUUCCGGUGGUCCUGAUUACAAGCAAGAUUAUACAAUCUGGUAUAGAGAAUCAGGAACUUCGGAAUGGAAGACAAUCCCCGUGACUCCAUCGGGUAGCACGACAGUGACGAUCAACACUCUCACGCCAAGCACGCUCUACGAGUUCCAAGUAAUCGGAAAGAACGCUCUGGGCGAGGGAAUGCUGAGCAAAGUCAUCACAAUCAGAACGCUCGGCGUUGCUCUGACCCACUCGGCCACCCCUUCCACGGCUGAUCAACCCGUCUCACCGGAAAGUGACAUCCUUGAUUAUAAUACACUCGUAUUACCGACUGAUUCCACAGGAAAUCCCAUACUUCCGAUAAUCAUUCGACCGAAAGGACCAAAGCCAGGUACUCCCCGGAACCUCACGGUGACGGAAAUCAGCAACGGUUUCCUGAUAACCUGGCAACCUCCUAUGGAACGUAGCCAUCUUAUCCAAUAUUACACUAUCAAGUACAAGACGGACGGACCUUGGAAAACGCUCAACAAGGGCCAAAUACGACCCGAGGAGACCAGUUAUUUAGUGAAGAACCUGGUCGGUGGUAGGACCUACUAUUUCCAAGUGUUCGCCAAUUCGGCUACGAAUUACGGUGCGAGCGAACAGGUGAAGUUUCCCGUGCCGGCUCGCGUCAAGCACAAAGCGAUCACCGCGGGCGUCGUAGGCGGUAUCCUCUUCUUCCUCGUCGCCAUCAUCCUUAGCAUAUGCGCGGUGAAGAUAUGCAAUAAACGGAAGAGACGAAAACAGGAGAAAGAACUGCUUUCAGCGUAUAAUAUGGUGGCCUGCCGGGUCACCGAUGUUAGGAACGGCGCAGGGCAGGGGCCCCAGGGAACAGUGCCUUUGAAAAAACCUAGAAAAAGCCGAGUACCAGGUUUAAGCCUCCUGAAGGAGAUCCUGAGUCCGGAUACGCCGGACUCGUGCCGCUGUCGUCCGUUGGGCAAGAUCUCCCGGGCGGCCGACGGCCGCUUCGUCGUUGCGGACUCGGUUCUCAGCUCGGCCAAUAACAGCAUCCUGGAUGUCUCCAGCAGCGACGAUGGCGGUUUCCUACCGAAGCAACGGCUCAAGUCAUCGUGGCGACGCCCGCUGGUCGGCAUCAGCCAGCUCAGCUUGAGAUCCGAUGGCAGCGGCGUAUCGAUAGGUCCCCUACCGUCGGCUUAUCAUCACGGCGCGAUCAACUCCCUGGCGAGGAUACCGCCCGUUACCGCCUGCGCAAUCGCGUCGCCCAGAUUUCUAGCCAGUUCGCCGAGCGGAGCCCAGGUGCCCUGGACCCCGCUGUAUUUCAGUGAUCUCAGCUCCGUCAAGCAACCAUCCUCCGGCGAACGUUCCUUCCCUACGCCGCCCGGCUAUCUACAGCUCCGUAGCGUGCACCAGCGAUACAGCCAAGAGUUACCGUCGCUUAAGGCGAUUCACGCCGAAUCUAGACGGUUCGUGCCGGUUCAACCAUUGGCGACAUCAUCACCGCCGCAACCAGCCGGACGACCAAGAGCGAGGCUGCCACCGAGGCACGCCAGGCACGCUCGAUCGGCGCCGGAGCUCGCGGCUUCGCCCGAUCUGGAAACUUCGCCCGAGAGUAGGUCGAGCAGCUCGGGCUUCGGCAGUAAGAACACCUCGCAGCAGAACCAAAGCUCGAGGAGCGGCAGCACAGUUGCCGAGUGGCGACCGCCACCCUACAGGCCGCCCCCGCCGCCCCUGGUGGGUCGCUGGCUCGAGCUUCAGGAUCAUCAGGCCAAGGUGGGUCAUACGCACAUACAAAACGCCGUGGACGCCGGCAGCGUCGACGGCCAUUACGAGUUCGAUCCAGUGUCGUGUACGCCGACGCCAACGUCGGCCUCGACGCCUACGCGGGAGGAGAGACCGCCGAUGCAUCAGAUCCACGCCAUUCACGUUCCCCACAUCCAUCAGGCGCACACGGUACAUCAUCAAGCGCCGAGGUACAGCAGGGAAAACAUUGAAGCCAGAGUGCAAGCGAUGAAGGCGGAGUUUCAUCAGUUUCGUCAGCGACAGGCGAGAAGAAAGCAGAGCGCGCAUUUGGAAAGCGCGUGUUGAGGUAGUGAAGAAGUCGAAACAGAUUUUUCAUAAUCAAUCAAUCUAUGAUCGAAAUUGUCAAUGAGCUAAAAUGAUCAGGAUAGUAGCAUUCGCGUAAGAGUUAAAUACACGAUGGAGACAACGUUACGUUAGCUUAAUUCAAGCUGUACAAUAUAGUAGAUAUGAUGGUGCCAGAGCAGUGGUCACUACGGAAGAAGAAACAAUCUAAGACGUGAUGUGAAUGAGAUGCGAGACAAGAGUAGACAUGAGACGAUGGUAACACUUUAAAAGUUGGAUGAGAGAAAGCUAGAUUAAAAUCGAGAAUGAACGCAGAAAGCUAGAUUAAAAUCGCGAUUAUAAAGAUUUUGAUACUGGCUUUUAUCUACCAUGACGACGAUGUGAUCAUCACCGAAGACCAACCAUCGCAGCACAACGAGGAUCAUCAUCACACAUGAUUCCGCAUGAGAGGAGUUUAAGUCAAUUCUAGUAGCUGGACAUCCAUCUACGAAAGAAGGCUGUUAUAAGCAUCAGCUCAGGAUACAUAAGUUUCGCACGACCACGAGACAGGAGCGACGUAGUAGAAUCGUACGUUAUAAGACGAUAAUCCCUUCGGAGUCUCGCCCGUUUACCAAUUAAGUGGACCGUCGAGCAUAUAUAUUCUUCGGGGGAAAUAAUCUCGAUAUCAUUUACCCAGCGACGCUCCGCGACAUCGAUCGCGCUGGGACGAUAAUAUAUAAACGAAGUGCGUAAACGAAAACGUUCGCGAAUCCGAUUAUUAUUGGUCAUAUCCCGCGUACACCAACCGCGCCUACGUCCGGUUUAGAGGACCGUGAUUUUUAACGUUACUAUAUAAUAAUGUAGAGAAACAUACUGACAAGUUUACACAAGGACGAAAAUAAAGGGAGAAAAUUUCCUUUUCUUUUUUUUUUUUUUCUUUUUUUUUUAUUCAGUGGAACUGUCCUAGAGCUAGGAAGAGUGCGCAGAAGAUGAAAAUACACUCCCGGCUGGCUCAAAGGGAUGCUAAUAUAUGUAUGUAUAACGAGACGUCGUCCGCAUCGCGAUCGGGACGAAAGAUCGAAGAGAAGGGAUAAACGCGGGAAAGGAAAGGAAAGAAAGCAAGAAAAGAUAGUUACAUGCGUCGGCAUGAUACUCCAAAGAAACUGUACCACUGUACAUGCUCCGUAUACCUUUUAAACGAAAAUGUAAGGUUAAAUUUAAUCGUACACUUGUAAGUAAUAAUUAAAAACGAAAGAGAAAAAGAAAAAAGUAAGAUAAUCGAAGAAUUACCACACAGAUACACAACAUACAUAAACACACACAUACACACGCACACACACACAAAAUAAAUAAUUAUAUCGAUGAGCAAUGGACUCGAAACGUGAUAUUAGGCCGAAGCUUGCCUCGAGAUUGCUUAAGGACUCACUCGUACUGCACUGCCUGUUUAGGGUUUCGCUAGCGACCCAACAUAUUAUCGGCACAAUAAUUUUUCUUAAGCAACGUAAAACGAGAAUAAGAAUAACGUUCUAUGAAUCUAUGCGCGUUCGGCCGACAAUUGCACGCGCACGCUCACAUCACGCGUGCUGUCACGCUGAUUACCGCCUAUUGGCAUUCCGGAAUCUACCGGUCGACCUUUUCGAUUAGAUUAGCGAUGCGAACACGUUCGAUGAACGACGUCUCGAUCGGACACGAAAGAAGAAGAAAAAAAAAAAAAAAAAAAAAAAACUAAAGAAACUCAUAUACGAAAAAAAAGAAAAAUCUUUCUCUCAACAAACUGCCAAUAAAGAAAAUCCGACCGUAUGUUCGAUUCAUUUCGCGUGCGAAGCGUUGACGUUGAAUAUAAAUAAGUAAAAUUAAAAUAUUUAAGUGGAGAAGAGCGACCGAUAGAGAGAGACACGCGACCAUCGUUCAACCGGAAAGGGCGUGCGCGUGCACACACACGCGCCGAUCACGCCGGAGUUCGUGUGUGUUAUUAGAGAGAGAGAGAAAAAGGAGUUAUAUAAAACACACGCAAAUGUGUACACACUCACUCACACACACACACACACACACACACACAUGACAACAGCAUAUAAAUAUAUGCACUUAUACGUGCCAGCACACACUCAUACAUACAUAUAUACAUAUACACACAAAUACACACAAAAUAAUACGAGAGAGGCGUUCUUCGAGACCCACCUAAUUCUCACCAAACGCAUCAGAUCAUCUCGAGUCUCGUGAAAUCGGGGGCCGGCGAUCGCCGAUCGAGGGGGUUUUCGGGCGAAUCUACGGGCUAAUCAAUGUCGAGCUGCGCGACCUAACGCGAGAACGUGUCCCACGUGUUUGCGGACACGUCCACACGAUGAGGAGGGACCGACGGCGCACUCGCGUUCCUCUUUCCCUUUUUUUCUAAACUCUCUAUAUACGGGCGACCGUGAAAGCUCCCCGCGUGGAAUCGCGAUCGGCCCGGCCCGCGACCCCAGACGUUUUACUUUCUUUAUAGUACAAACACUUAUUUAUAUACGUACGCAUAUUAUACAUAUUUAUUAUAAAUAUUAGCAAGGGCCCUACACUCUCACGAUUCAACUAUACUUCGACGAACCAUAAUGGCGAGAGGAAGAAGAAGAAGAUGAGUAAGAAAGAGUGGCGUGAAUGCCACAUCGAGGCUGGACGCUCUGUACAAUUUCGUUAAAAUACGCAUAUAUGCAUGCGUGCGUGCCUGCGUGAGAGAGAAGAUGAAUGUUGCAGAAUGAUGAGGCUGAAUGAACGGAGUGCGAGCGACAGUGAGUUAGAACGCGAGCAAAUGUGGUUGUUGAAACAAGACAAAGCAUAAUGUAACAUACACACGGUCACGCAGAGAUAUAACAAAAGAAUGAAAAAAAAAAAAAAAAAAAAAAAAAAAUACGAUAAAAA